AUGGACCGCGAACCACCAAGCAGAACUGGCAGCAAGCCCUCAGCUGUAGGAGUCUUUCCUGCCACCACCAGGUUUCUCUCAAAUCCACUGAUGGGAGGGGCUGAGUCUGAUUGGUCUCCAGUGCAUGAAGCUGCAGUCAAUGGGCGUCUGCUCACUUUGAGGAAUCUCAUUGGCCAGGGGUGGGGUGUGAACAUCACCACAGCAGAUUGUGUGUCCCCACUCCAUGAAGCCUGUCUUGGAGGUCAUGCCUCUUGUGUAUCCAUUUUAUUAAAGCACGGAGCUCAGGUGGAUGGCGUCACCACAGACUGGCACACUCCUUUGUUUAAUGCUUGUGUCAGUGGCAGCCAGGACUGUGUGAAAUUGCUUCUGGAGUAUGGAGCCAGCCCCCAUCCUGCGUGUGACCUAGCAUCUCCCAUCCAUGAAGCUGCCAAAAGAGGUCAUGUGGAGUGCAUCGAGUCCAUUGUAGCUCAUGGGGGUGACAUUGACUAUCAUAUCAGCCGCCUGGGCACUCCACUCUAUUUGGCUUGUCAAAACAUGCAGAUCGCCUGUGUCAGGAAGCUUCUGCAAUCAGGAGCAAAUGUGAACCGAGGCCGAGACCUGGAGGCCCCUCUUCAUGCAGUGGCUAGGGCGAGCAGUGGGGAGCUGGCCAACCUUCUCAUGGACUUCGGAGCAGACACCCAGGCCAAGAAUGCUGAAGGCAAACGUCCCUUGGAUUUAUUGUCUCCUGAUGACCCUCUGUUUCAUCUCUUCUUACAGAGAAAAGAGCCCCCUUCUUUGAUGCAGUUAUGCCGCCUCCGAGUCCGGAAGUGUUUUGGGAUCCAGCAGCAUCAUAAGAUCAAUGGACUCCUCCUUCCAGAUGAACUGAAAAAUUUUCUCCUGCACCUUUAA